GGUCUUCAGGUCUAACAAAACGCAUGUUGCCCUCGACCUGGCCUCACUCAACAAAUAUUUGAAAUUCCAUAUCACCUAUCUACAUUGUAUUUGGACAUAGUGAAACGCUUGACUUAUAGGGCAAUAUAUCUGCGCAGAAUGUUGUCAUGGAUCCAUUCACACACGAUAACAAAUCACGUGGAAGUUUUCCUUGAGAAAUAAUCAUCGAACAUGAAUGCACUCGUGUUUGGAAUAGCAGUGCUUUCAAUUCCCGUAGCACUCCCUUUCCUGUUCGGAGAUGAAUGCACGAUUUCCCCCCAAGGCUUCAUCCCUGACGGAGAACACCGUGAAUAUCAGGCUCCUGGUGGCUGCACCAAUGGCACUGUAGACUGGAACUAUCCAAAAGAGUACAUCAUUGUCAAUUUCAAGAGGGGAAGUCAUGAUAAAUUUUCUGUAUGCAUCGGUGAAAGUAUUGGCGGUGACAUGUUCAGAUUGUACGAUAUAACAGGACAUACACGGAAUUCUAUCUCACAAGGUACAUGGCCAUGCUUAAAUUCUCAUCACGGAAGUGUCUCCAUCGAAAUCCAUGCUCCGGAAAUGCAGACCUACAUGGGGGCAAUUGACUAUUCUAUACAAAUAUGAUUUCAUCCUGUAUGAUAGUGCCUUCACAAUGCAUGUGGUAUUCAAAUUCAUACAGAAUAUUAUAGAUCCCUAGUUAAAAAAAUAUCCUGAGACUGCGAAGAUCAUUUGACUGAUUAAAAUCAACAUAAUGAUUUAAAAAUGAGACAUGUUUCUUAUCAACUUCUUGAGUAACAUUCUUUAUUUAGGAGCCGUUAUGCAUAAAUAUUUAAGUUUCCAA